AUGAAUCUUGCCGCUUGGAAUGUUAGGGGUUUGAACAAAAAACCCCACCAGGAUGAAGUGGUCAACUUCAUCAAUUCGAAUGGUUUAUCUCUUUGUGGUUUCCUCGAAACUAAGGUAAAAUCUCAUAAUAGUCUUUCUAUUUCUAAAAGGAUAAAGAAGGGUUGGAAGUGGAUUUUUAAUAAUGAUUAUCAUUAUAAUGGUAGAAUUUGGGUUGGUUGGGACCCGAACUUUUGGGAUAUUGUUGUGGUCGAUUGUAAUGCCCAAUGGAUCACUUGCAAAUGCACCUUUAAAGAGAAGAAUGUCUCCUUCUUGUCUUCGUUUGUUUAUGCCUAUAAUAAUGCUUGUGAUCGAAUUCCACUUUGGAAUUAUUUUCUCUCUGCAAGUUCUACUAUUUUGCCUUGGAUUGUACUGGGCGACUUUAAUUGUAUUGUGGAUUUGCUUGAAGUUGAUGGGGGUCGUGAGCAUUGGACCCCUGAAAUGGAGACUUUUAGGGAGUGUUUAUUGGACUCGCGUCUUAGCACUCUCUCUACUGUUGGGCACAGGUUCACUUGGUGCAACAACAGGGGUGAUACUCGGGUUUAUAAAAGAUUGGAUCGUGCCCUCGUUAACUCUUCUUGGCUCCUUACCCACCCGAACUCUCAAUGCCAUGUUCUAAAUCGUGGAAUUAUGGACCACUGCCCUCUCAAGAUUCAUGCCCCCAUGGAAAUUGACAAAGUGCACAAGAAUUUCCAAUUCUUUAAUUAUAUGUUUCAGCUAGAUGGGUUUAAGGAUGCGGUGUUGACUGCUUGGUCUCAACCUCUGUUUGGUGACCCUUUGGCGGUUCUUGGUCGAAAGCUUAAGCUUGUUAAGCAAAAUCUAGUCAAGUUGAACAAAAUUCAUGGUGAUGUUCGUGAAAAAACGGUGAAUGCUCGAGCUACCCUGGCUGCUAUACAGGAUGCCCUUCUUAUCUCACCUCGGGAUCCGGUUCUUUUGCGUGAUGAGCUCCAGGGGGGGGGGAGGCCCUUCUUAAAGCCCUCAAUCACGAAGAGCUUCUUCUUCAAUCAAACAAAGCAAAAUUGGAACCACAACAAAAUCCUGGCCAUCAAAGAUGCCAAUGGUCAGACUGUUUUGGGGCACAAAUUGGUGGCUUCAGUUGCUGUUGACUUCUUUAAGAAUUCUCUUGGCUCCCCCCCUGAUUCUCAGCCUAUUGUGUUGGAUGUUGAUUGUGGCAGAAUCUCGGACCAGGCUCACCCCAUAUUGCUUGCCCCGGUUGAUGAUGUUUUAGUCUUCAAUACUCUUAAAGGGGCCAACUCCACCUUAAUUGCCCUGAUUCCUAAGCACACGGCUGCUGAUUCUAUGAAAGACUUCAGGCCUAUCUCUCUUUGUACCAUGGUCUACAAAUGUAUCUCUAAGAUCUUGGCUUCUAGGCUCAAAAAGAUUCUUCCCAAUCUUAUUGAUCAUGCUCAAUCGGCUUUCAUUCCGGGAAGACAAAUUUCUGACAACAUCUUGCUUGCUCAAGAGCUCUUUAGGGGGUAUUCACGUGACACGGGCACCCCUAAAUGUGCUUUGAAAAUUGACCUCCACAAGGCUUUUGAUUCCAUUCGAUGGGACUUUCUCUUUGCUGCUUUGGAUCAUAUUAAUUUUCCUCCUCAAUUUGUGGGCUGGGUUCGAGAAUGUGUCACUACUGCCAUGUACUCGGUCAAGUUUCAUUGGAGAUGUAAGGAGCUGAGUUUGACCCAUCUCCUUUUCGCGGAUGAUGUCUUGCUUUUCUCUAGAGGGGACUCUCCCUCUAUCACCCAUCUAAUGGAUAGUCUUGUUAAAUUUGGUGAUUUGAGUGGUCUCAAUGCUAGCCUCCUUAAGAGUUCAAGCUUCUUUUGCAACUGCCCCCCUGAUUUAAUCUCUUGGUUUGAUAAUGCUUACUCUAUGCCCAGGGGGCAGCUGCCGGUUAAAUUCCUUGGGGUGCCCUUGAUCUCUUCGAAGCUCAGUGUUAAUGAUUGUGUUCCCUUGGUUGAUAGAAUCACCUCUAAAAUUCUAUCCUGGACUUCUCUUUUGUUAUCUUAUAUGGGGCGUCUUCGUUUAAUUGAAGUUGUUCUUCAUAGUGUGCAGAAUUUUUGGACUAGACACUUUGUUCUACCCAAGUGUAUUCACAAAUUGAUUCAACAAAUUCUAACCAGAUUUCUUUGGAAGGGUGAUAUCACUGAUGUGGGAGGGGCUAAAGUCUCUUGGGCCCAUCUGUGUUUACCUAAGGAAGAAGGAGGGUUGGGGCUCAAAAAAUCGGAGGAAUGGAACCGUGCGCAGAUCCUGUCUCACCUUUGGUCUGUUGUAAAUCAGUCGGGUUCUUUGUGGUCUAAAUGGGUUGUUAACAGUGUGCUUAAGGGCAGAAACAUUUGGGUCAUUCCUGUUCCGACAGAUUGCUCUUGGAUUUGGCGAAAGGUCCUUGGUCUUCGUGGUUUGGCGAAGCGUUUUGUCAAAUUUCAGUUGGGAAAUGGUAUGAACACUUCCCUUUGGUUUGAUCCCUGGUGGAGGAAUGAAUCCCUUGCUCUCUCUUUUGCUGACCCCAUCAUUAGAGCAGCUGGCUCUUCUAUCAAUGCCUCGGUUUACACCUUGAUUAGCUUUGGGGAGUGGCGUCUGCCCAGGGGUAACCUGCAACACCAUCAUGCUAACCUUGCUUUGGCUGCCUGGCUCCGUGAUUUUGAUUAUCCAUCUUUUGAUCUUGAGAAGGGCGACAUGAUUACUUGGGAAGGCACUAAAUCGAGCCAAGUUUCUACUCGAUUGAUUUGGAAUUUUAUUCGUUUAAGGGGGGAUUCCUGCCCUUGGGCUGUUGGGGUCUGGUUCAAGCUUCGAAUCACCCGGUUUUGUUUCCUCUCUUGGCUGCUUUGCCUUGAUAGGGUUGUUACUCGGUCUACUUUGUUUGAUCGCCAUGUUAUUGAGGAUUCUGGUUGUAUUUUUUGUAUAGGGGAUGUUGAGACGGCACAACACCUUUUUAUCGCUUGCCCCUAUGCCAGGUUCAUUCACAGGAGCUACUUGUUUGAGGUUCAUGGACUUGUUUUCGACCACUCCUUGCUUUGGAAGGAUUGGAUUAUGUCUAUUCUGGCCAUUUCGGAUCUUCCCCAAAGGCAGGUUCUUUUACUCUACCUUCAGGUGUUUGCUUAUCAUAUGUGGCGUGAGAGGAACGCUCGACUUCAUGGCGGGGGUAGCUUUGGUCCUAGGAAGCUGCUUGAGGGGAUUAUGGUCGACAUUCGUGGGAGGGCUGCCUCCUCUACUUGGCUUUCUAGACUCAUCUGUAGUAGGCCUAUGAUAUGUACUUGGUUAUUUUGA